GGUGAUCCAUAGAUCGUGUCGGGCGUGAUCGGUUGCGGUUACCGCGGGCGAGAGGUGGGUGGCAAAAUGGAACUCUUCCCGGUCCUCGUUUGCCUGAUCGCCCUGCCGCCCGCCCUCUCGCUCUCCAUCAAGAGCAAGCUCAAUCCGCGGAUCGUCCAGACGCGCUACGGCGAGGUGCAGGGUGUCACGAGAUCCUUCGAGUACGCCAAGUACCUCAAGCCCAUCGACGUCUUCCUCGGGAUACCGUACGCCACACCGCCGGUCGGCAGCAACCGUUUUUCCCCGACGAGAGCGCCGAGUCCUUGGGAAGGAGUCAGAUUAUCGGACUCGGUAGGUCCGGUCUGCCCCCAAAAGCUGCCGGACAUCGCAAACGAGCAGGAAGCGCUCGAGCGGAUGCCUAAGGGAAGACUAGAGUAUUUGAAGAGACUGCUGCCUCAUCUGCGCAAUCAGAGCGAGGAUUGCCUUUCUCUCAACAUCUACGCACCCGCCAUGGGCAUGGCGGAGGGCGGCAAGAAGCAUCCGGUGUUGCUGUACAUUCAUGGCGAGAGCUACGACUGGGGCAGCGGAAAUCCCUACGAUGGUAGCGUGCUAGCCAGCUACACCGACCAAGUGAUCGUCACCAUGAACUACCGGCUGGGCGUGCUCGGCUUCCUGAACGCCAACGUGGCGCCGCAAACCAAGGCGAGAGUCGCGAAUUACGGUCUCAUGGACCAAAUCGCCGCCCUUCACUGGGUCAAGGAGCACAUCGCCCGUUUUGGGGGCGAUCCCGAGAAUGUCAGCCUCAUGGGCCAGGGCACCGGAGCCGCCUGCGUGCAUUUCCUCGCCAUCAGUCCCACUGUUGUUCGAGGUUUGUUCAAACGAGCUAUACUGCUGUCGGGCAGCGCCCUUUCAUCCUGGGCUGUGGUAGAAGAUCCUGUAUCCUACGCCCUAAAACUGGCCAAGGCUAUCAACUGUUCCAUUCCCGAUGAUCUUCUCAAAGACAAUGAGCUUAUAGUAGAUUGUCUGAGGGAGAGCAGUCUGGAAGAACUAAUGCAAGUCGACAUUCAGCCCCCGACGUUUCUUAGCGCUUUUGGUCCAAGUGUCGAUGGUGUCGUCAUCAAGCCGGAUUUUCAGAAAGAUCUUCUGUCUUAUCUAGGCCCCGAGUUUCAAGGAUUCGGGCCUCUUCCAAAAAAGGCUGAACAUGGUGCACCAAUCACGAGUAACAACAAAUACGAUCUAUUAUUUGGUGUGACAACGAGCGAAGCAUUAUGGAAGUUUGCAGAGAAGGAUGUCUUACAAGGAUUCGAGGGAGAGAGAAGAGACAGAAUUAUCCGCACGUACGUGAGAAAUGCCUACGUCUAUCAUCUCACUGAGAUAUUUUAUACGGUGGUGAACGAGUACACCGACUGGGAACGAACGGUUCAGCAUCCCGUCAACACGAAGGAUGCAUGCGUGCAGGCAUUGAGUGACGCGCAGUUCGUGGCGCCGCUCGUACAGACCGGGGAUCUCUUCACUCUGAGGCAUACCAAGAAACCGAACAAUCCUCACAUAGCGCCAAUCUCCGACAGCGAAGAAGAACCGAUGCCGAAAACCUACUUUUACGUAUUCGACUAUCAGAUGAAGGACGGCGAUUAUCCGCAGAAGAUGGGCUCGGUGCAUGGCGAAGAACUUCCAUUCGUCUUCGGGGCGCCGUUGUGGGUGGAGGGAUUUGGCCAUUUUCCGAAAAACUACACAAGACUGGAAAUGGCACUCUCGGAAAGUAUCAUGCAGUAUUUCGCCAACUUUGUGAAAACCGGAAAUCCGAACAUUAUUGAUCAUCAUGGGAGAAACGACACUCUUUUACCAGCUAGUAGAGAAAAGAGUCGGUUUCGUAGUUUGUCCUGGGAACAGUACGAUCCAGUGCAUCAAAAAUACUUGGAAAUUGGAAUGAAACCGAAGAUGAAAAAUCACUACAGAGCGCAUCAGCUGUCGGUCUGGCUGCGCCUCGUCCCGGAGCUUCAUCGUGCCGGAAUGGAGGAUGUCGAUUCCAGACAUAACUUGUUCCGUGGCCAUAGCGACCCCAGUCUAUACGACGGCUCCGUGAGACCGGAUCCUCUCAGCAGGAUCAGCGAGGAAUUCAAGAGGAAGAACCUUAGCACGGAUCCGCCGACCACGACAGAUUACAGCAUCACUACGUGCGUCAGCCUUAUUCCGGGCACCAAUCUUCAGAACGUCCAUAACGCCAGCACUGAUACCUUAGCCAGUCUAGACGCAGCUGGUUACGCAGCGUAUUCGACGGCUUUGAGCGUGACAAUCGCGAUCGGCUGCAGCCUACUGAUCUUGAACGUCCUGAUAUUCGCGGGCGUCUAUUAUCAGAGAGACAAAACGCGGCUCGAGGUGAAGAGCCUUCAGCAGCAACAAAUGUUGAAUCAACAAUGCGGUCCUCGUGGUUUCACCGAACUGAAACAACCACCGCCCCCGCAUUCCCAUUACGCCGGAGGUGGCCAAGUGAUCGUUGACGUUGAAAAUGAAAUGUUAAGAAGAAACGUAAUGAAAGGACCCUCCAACGACCCCGGAGCUCCUUUCCAAGGCCAAGGAACUCAUACAUUGCCUCAUCAACAUCAUUAUCAGAAACAUCAACAGCAACAUGCCACCCUUCCCCGAGCAUCAGUUAUUCAAGACAUGAACACGCAAACCCAAGGUCCUCCGAACGGAUCUAUACAUCUGACGGUUCCACGGGCUCCACCGCCACCCAGGGCGAAGAGUCCGCCAGAGAACCAGCCUCUUCUGCAAAGCGCGACUGUCUCGAGUCGCGUGUCCCAGGCGACGAUGAGCGAGAUGCGAGUGUGAUGCUUGGACCCCCCUCCGAAGCCAGUCGUCCCAGAUGUCCUCACGGCGUCGACCUUGCUGUAGGCAAGUUUCGCCGCCAAUACCGUCGUGGUGACCCUAAAGUAGCUACCAACACUUCGACGGAUCGGCGCAGGAUAUCCCGGGGAACGUGGGCUGUGGACGAACGGAGGGGGGUGCUGGGGGAGAGAUUUCUCACCGCUGAGGGGUGGUCGAGCCAAGAUUGCGUCUAUCGAACACGAAAGAGAGAGAAAGAGAGAGAGAGAGAAUACCGAAAUGCGUUAUUACGAAUUUAGAGGUGCAGAGAUCGCACACUAUGUGUGUGUGUGUGUGCGUGUGUGUGUGUGCGUAUGAGCCGAAAAAAUACAAAUUAAAUACGUAGGUUUUAAAUCUGUCUUGCAACUCUUAUAAAUCUCUCUUCUCGGAUUAGAAAAUAUAUACAAUAUACCCCCGUAUAACGCAGAGGAUAUGUUUCGCGUUAUACGACACUCUAAUGAGUUGUACAAAGUUUGAAAAUAUGUCGUUUAUUUAGGAGGAAAGGGGCAAAAUUUUUCACAAAAUUUGUACAUUGUCCACCGCGUUAUAUCGGGGUGAUUUACCGUGUUAUACGAGGCCUGUCACAAUUUCUUUUUUUUUUUUUUACCGCAUUAUAGAAAUAUGUAUUGUCUCUGUACACGAGGGUUUACUGUAUAAAAAAACUUAGAGGACGCAUUUCUACAGGAUAAAGAUAGAUUCUUAAAAUUCAAAUCUACUAAAAUUAUAAUUUUACACAAUCAAAGUAAUUAAUAAGAGAAUACAGUUUGCGAAAAAUAUAUAAAAGAGUCUUAAACAAACGAAAAAUUCUUCAAUCUUAAUAAUCAUUGAUUGAAUCGCGAUAAACGAAGAGGGGUGUAGGAAUAUUCACGGCACCUUUAAACUCUGCAAUAGUAUCGGUAGACAUCGAUAAACAUUUACGAAGAUGAACAUCAAGAAAGGAGAAUCGCAAAUCAGGAGGAUCGUCUUGGAUAAAUCGAGGCUUUAAUCAAAUUUUGCGAAGAAAUCAAACGCGAUGUAUUUCGCUAAUUAGUCGAUAACGAAAAACAGAAGAGUGAUGUGGAUGGCUCAAUAUGUGAAUCUCGACGGCGAUGAAGACACGUGUAAAAAAGACAUAUUAGCCAUAUUACGAUGUUAGAUGUUCCUUGUACAUAACGUGAAUUUAUAUAUACAUAUAAGGACGCCAAAGAGUUUGCUACUUUGUAAGAAGACCUGUAUCCGCGUAUCGUUUAUUGAUUCUGUUUAUUUUUGGUUGAUGUGUUGACAUCCACGCGUGACGUCAUAUAAGAGAAUGAAUGUAAGAGAGAGAGAUAUUUUUCGAAACGUAAUGAGCGAGCUUGUUUAUCGACAACAAUGGAGUGUUGAAUUUUUGAAGUUUUCAGAACUUUGAAUCUUCAGAGAUGCUUAAUCCUUUGUAAAAUAUUUUCUACUUAUAUAAAGUUUAAUUAUAUAAAAGCCUUUUUUCAAAAUCCUUUAUCUAUACUUAAAGUAACUCAGAAGAGCUAUGUUACUCUUAGGCAUAGUGCGUGAAUCGAGACUUAACUGAUUAAUGUGCGAAAGAAAAGAUCGUCGAUGCAAGCCACGUCGCUCAUUAUCGUUGCUCUAAUCAACAUUACUUGCCACGCAAGUAGCCCCAUCGCGAACGUAUGUAUUGCACAUAUGAAUUAUGAUACACGAUACGCACAUAGAAUGAUCUUCGUACCCUCUCCAUGUACGCGUAUCUACGCAUAUGUGUUUUAUAUAUAAUAUAUACAUAUAAGAGGUGACCGAACACAGUUUUAAAGCAUCGUCAUAAAUUUAUCUUUAAUUUCUUCAUUUCAGUUUUAACAUAUAUCUUUUUAUACUAAAUAUCAUCUCUGCUUUUAAAUUCUUAAAAUUUUGCAAACCAUAUUUAUUAUAUAGUGUGUAUUUUACAUUCGGGUAUACCACUCGCGACAAAAGUCCGUUCUCUGUUAUUCGUACAGAACGAAACACCACAAAGCGAUCCGAUGUAUUUAAAUCGAUAUAUUGUGGUAUCGAUUCUACAAAGUUCGAAUUUCAUCGAACGCACGAUAUGUGAUUGUCUCUCUUUUCUUUUUGUAUAAAUAUAUACAUAUUAUAUAGGUGUAAAAUAAAGACUAAUAUAAAUCUGUCAAGCGUAAUACACUGCCACAAGACUACCGAACAUAAAUAAGAAGAGCUCACGAGCUGCAGUUCUUCUCGCCCUAAAUAAUUUCGCAAAACAAAUUAAUUUAUUUGAAUAUAUUAUAUAAUUACGCGCGUCAAUGCAAAAAAUGCGUUCAAAAAGUUUAAAAGUUUUUACUUGAUAAGAUCUUUUUUUUUUUAUCACCUCACGAAUCUUUUUACGCAAAAUUGAUAAGUAUUUGUAGGUAAAAGGGAUCACGAUAAGCCGAAUAUUAUCAAAAUCCUUUUUGCAAGGAACGACUUAUCGAUAGAUCAAUAAAGAGAAAAGUCAAAUUUUAUACAUAUGCAUCUUUGCUAAAUGCAACAUCUCAAAGGGCGCAUCUUGCUUGCUUUCUACGCAAUACGGCGAUCGCGGCCACAAAGUGGCUUAAGUUAAUUCCUGAAAUCCUUGGAUCCUCGUAAUUAAAGGAUUCUUACCGUCCUAGAGGGAUCUUGUACUUUUGUAAUUAAAUAAACCAUAGCUCGUAGAGCUAAAAAAUCUCAAAUUGGCAGCAGAAACUUCUGCUUAUGAAAUGAGGAUAAGAAAAGGAUGUAAAAAUAUAUAUGCACAGAUAUAAUACGGCGAAUCGAUCCAGAUGCGUCCAAAAUAUGAAAUUUGGAAAUUGGGUGACAAAAGAUAAAGGCAACGAAAAGCAAUGUCCUCUCGCCGUAAAUUUGAGCAGGAUUUGCAUCUGCGUAAACUAAAUAUCGUGGGCGUUGUAUAAUAUCAUCAUCAAGUACGGGACAAUCCGAAUAUAAUUAAAGAUUAAGAGACAAAGUUGGUAAUAGUAAUAAAAAGUGAGCGAAGAAAAAAAGGAAGAGAUGAGGAAAACGCGAGAGAGAAAACUAGAAGAAAAAUAUGCCGGAGAGAAUUAAGAAAAGAUGUUUAAGAAAUUUAAAUAACAUAUUAUAAAUAUAUAUAUAUAUAUAUAUAUAUAUAUUAUACACACAUAUUACACAAUUGUAAUAAAUUAUUAUGACGGACAUUAUUAUAUUUAUGUGAGACCUUUAGCUGGCCUCGCGCUCUCCUAGAACGAUACCUCGAAUAUACUUUCCGGCCG